AUGACAGACGCAUCUACAAGCGCAAAUCCCCGUACCACUCGUCUUCAACAACCCAUACAACCUGUAACGCCUACAACGUCGUCAAUGGGAUACCCGCAGUCUCGUCCUGGACCGUUCACUGGUUUUGCACCGGGCACAAAUGCACUCCACCCCACUCUCCCUUUUCCAUAUUGGUCUCCACAACCGUUCGGACAAUCGAUUGGAAAUAAUGCUAUGAGUCUUUACGGAUUACAGCCAUCACCUCCACAGCCUGGUUCUUCAAAACCUACUACUUCUACACCAUCCCCUCAUCUUCCCAACACGCAGCUGGCCAUUCCGAAUGGAAGCAAUACAGGAAUGAUGAGUUCAAUGAUGAAUACGCCACCCGGAAUGGGAGCUCAGUCGUCAAUGGAUAAUACGAUCCGCACGAUUCUUGCUUUCCAAGCACGCGAGAAUGCGAUUUUCCAUCAGGAUAUGCAAAAGAGACAAACGGAUUUGAAUAAGAUGAUGAUCGAUGUCACGAAGAUGUUGAUUGAGGAGCAGCAGGCAACCCGUGCAUUUCACAGAGAGUUUUUGGAAACUUUCUCCAAAAGCAUGGCAGGGUUGAUCCCGAAUACUCCACUACCUGUGGAUCCUGCAACACCAUCACCACCACCAAAGCCAUCUGUUCACCAACAACAAGCAACAUCAUCUCCAGCAGCAACGGACAUCCGAGAAGAGAAACCACAAUUGCUAGCCACUCACAAAAGGGUCUCUCCUAGAACUGUUGUCGAGAAACAACAAAACGAGCCACCGAAAAAGAGAAGCCGUAAAACUCUACCAAGAAUCACUGUUAUGCUCAACAGGAAGCUUAUUGGGAAGGGAAGAUUGUAUGACGAGGCCGCAGGCGAUUUCGCAAUUUUUGAUUGCAAAUUUUGUGGUGAACUAUCGAGUUCUCGUGAUGAACUAAUUCAACACUCGCAAAGAUAUCAUCCCAGAGGAUGA